AUGAUCAAAAGUAUUUAUAAUGACCUUUGCAAAAAAUACAAGGAGAAUGAAGUUCAGAUUGUGUGCCCCUCUGGAGCAGCUUGUAGCGUGUAUGAUGUUGAGAGAGGACCAGGCAAGGCUAAAACAGUGCACCACUACUUCGGUAUAGGAUUGGCUGACAAGUCGUAUGAUUCCAUCAUAGAAAAUACAAAAGAGACAACAUGUGGUAAAAUUCAGCAACUCAAGGUCUUGAUAAUAGAUGAGAUUUCAAUGAUGAGUGCCAGAAUAUUUAAUCUUGUAUCAAAGCUAGCAAUGCAUUGCAGGGGUAUCAACCAACCAUUUGGUGGAAUGCAAGUCAUUGGAGUUGGGGAUUUCUACCAACUGCCUCCAGUAGCAGACUAUAUUGACCCUGGCCAGUAUGCCUUUUUGUCACCACUUUUCAAACCAACAUUUAAGCACAACGUUCUUCUGCAUACUGUAUAUAGACAGCAUCAGGAUGACCCAGAACUACUGGAUGCAUUAAAUUGCAUACGAGUUGGGAAUUGUGAUUUGAAGACAGCAGAGUUCCUAAAAACAUUAAACCGAGAGUUGCCAAAUAAAGAGAAUGUAACAUAG